AUGAAACUGACGUGUGCGUUAUUCUUCCUGCUUGCCGUGGCAAGUAAUUGGGGGCCCCACUUUUUCACCUCCUGUUCUGUCGAUAACUCUAGUGUGUCUGAACAGACAUACAGAGUUCCCUACCUCCAAAGGUUAAGUGAACUAAUUGCCCUCUCAUCACACGAAGAGCUGAGUGACAAAAGGGCGGAGGAGAAAAACAACUUAAGGAAAAAAAGGGAGGACAAUGAUUCGCCACACACAGUAGAUGAUUCUACUGCGAAUGAUGAGAAAUUUAUAGUCUCCAUCGGUCAUGAUGGGCAAGUGACGGUAGAGAAGGCACAUGAAGAGAACACAAGUGACAAUGCAGAGGUAUCACACAGGGAAGAUCACUCCAAUGCAGAGGUCCCACAGUGGGAAGACGAGGACGAAAACUAUGGCACAGCUGGUCCAGCCCCCGCUGGAGGAGCAGACUAUGAAGAAGAUAAUCCAACUGGUCCCAUGCACCACGAACAUUAUGGCGCAGCUGCUCAAGCGCCCGCUGGAGGACCAGACUAUGGCGCAGUUGGUCCACCCCCCGCUCAAGGAGUAGACUAUCACGAAGAGUAUCCAGCCCCCGCCGGAGGAGCAUACCAUGGCGCAGGUAAUCCAGGCCCCGCUCAAGGAGGGGAACAGAGAGGAAGGAAGCUGGACCAACAGGCUCAUAAUGCGUAUAUAAGGUUCUUCUCCCAAAAACGAUGUAUUCACCUCCCAGGAGAGGAAAGAUCCCUAAAUUGUAGAGACAUGCAAGGGGAGAAUGAUCACCAAUAUGACAUUAAGGUCACGUACAAUGAAAAAGAGGAGCACAUCAAUGGUCAUGAAAACAAGUGUCUCAAUCUUAACAUUAACGAUGGAUCCCCUCCAAGUAAAGAUGGACCCUCAAACAUUUUUAUUAACCUCUCUUUUGUCCCCAACAUUCCGGAAGAAAUAAUAAACGACUUUUACGCCAUCAUCGGAAAGUUGAAGUAUAUGUUUGAAAUUGUGGAACCGGAGCAGAACAGUGUACCGGCGGAGCAGAACAGCGUACCGACGGAGCAGAACAGUGUACCGGCGGAGCAGAACAGCGUACCGACGGAGCAGAACAGCGUACCGACGGAGCAGAACAGUGUACCGACGGAGCAGAACAGUGUACCGGCGGACCGAGUAGGGAUCGAAUAG